AAGAUUAAAAUUGUUGGUCUUCGCAGUUAAAGUAAUGUUAUCUGAAUUCAUCUGUAAACAUCUGAAUCCAUUUUUCAUUAAUUUCUGAAUUCUAUUCUUUAAGACUCCAAUUUGAUGUGCUUGUACUCUAUAAGAGGUUAAAAAAAGUACACUUAUUUCCCUAUCCAUGACAGAAUAUGUCUUCUACCAUCAUGAAGGGUUCUUCACUGCUUUCUUUUGUUUUGUUCCAUAUAGUUUUAAGGGAAAAAUUGAUGUACCUUCUCCUCUUAUCUACUGGAUAGAAAAGAAUUAUGAUUUCCAUAUGAAAGAGUGAAUGGUGGUGUGCUUUAUACCUGCUAGUUGCUACGCUUCUAAAUUAAGGCGUCAUUGGUGCUCGAGUGUUUCUCCAACAAACAAACCAAGAGUGGUUUCUUUUGAUGCUUGUGAGGAAACUGUUUGAGAGUACUUUUCUAUUAAGGUGGUUAAUGAUCCCCCCAUCUAAUUUUGUUAAUGUUUUUCCUUGCUAAAUCAGGAGAACAUCAAGGAAAUCUGAGUUCAGAGUCAGAAACGCAUGAUUUCUUCAUUUUCAAUCUGAAGAAGUACCCAUGAAGCCUCAUUCCUUGAUUCUCAUGCUUAUGAUCUUUCUGUUCAUACUUCCUAUCUUUCCCCUUAUUGUUGCUGACCUGAAAUCUGAUACACAAGCCCUCCUUGAUUUUGCUGCUGCAAUUCCACAUGCUCGAAAACUCAAUUGGAAUUCUUCUACUCCAGUUUGCAGCUCUUGGGUUGGUGUAACUUGCAAUUUAAAUGGCUCCAGAGUGAUUGCCAUCCAUAUUCCAGCAGUUGGACUCCGUGGCUCCAUCCCAGCCCAUAGCAUAGGGAGGCUAGAUGCUCUUAAGGUCUUGAGCCUGCGAUCUAACUACCUAAAUGGAAAUCUUCCUCCUGAUAUCACCUCCAUUUCUUCCCUCCAAAGCUUAUACCUCCAACACAACAAUUUCUCCGGUCAGUUUCCUGCCUCUCUCUCCACUAAACUCAAUGCACUGGAUAUCUCCUUUAACUCCUUCUCAGGUAGUAUUCCACUCACAUUUCAGAAUCUGACACGACUCACAGUGCUAAACCUUCAAAACAACUCUAUUUCUGGAGCCAUCCCUAGACUGAACCUCCCAAAGCUCAAGCUUCUGAACGUGAGCUAUAACAAUUUAAAUGGCUCCAUUCCGUUUUCCCUCCAAAACUUUCCAUCCUCUUCAUUUGAGGGAAAUUCCCUACUAUGUGGCCCCCCUCUCAAGCAUUGCUCCACAAUCUCCCCGUCACCUUCACCUUCACCUUCACCUUCUUACUUGCCACCCUCAUCAACAAUCUCCCAAAACCAAAAGUCCAUUCCCAACAAGAAAUUUGGCCUUGGUUCUAUCAUUGUCAUGGCUGUUGGGGGCUCUGCAAUGCUUUUUCUACUAGUUCUAAUGAUCUUCAUAUGUUGUCUGAAAAGGACAGAUGAUGACGGCAAAGGUGUGUUAAAAGGGAAGGCCUCUCGUGGUGGGAGGAAUGAGAAGCCUAAGGAUUUUGGGAGUGGAGUGCAGGAAGCUGAGAAGAACAAACUGUUCUUCUUUGAGGGAUGCUCUUAUAACUUUGAUCUUGAGGAUUUAUUGAGGGCUUCAGCUGAAGUACUUGGGAAGGGAAGUUAUGGAACAGCUUAUAAAGCUGUUUUGGAUGAGGGAACUGUAGUGGUAGUGAAAAGGUUGAAGGAAGUUGUGGUUGGAAAGAAAGAGUUUGAACAACAGAUGGAAUUUUUAGGGAGGGUCGGACAGCACCCAAAUGUUGUUCCACUCCGUGCAUAUUACUUUUCCAAGGAUGAGAAGCUUUUGGUUUACAACUACAUGCCUGCCGGCAGCUUGUUUAUGCUCUUGCAUGGAAAUAGGGGUUCAGGAAGGACUCCGCUGGAUUGGGAUUCAAGAGUGAAGAUUUCCCUUGGAACCGCCAGGGGAAUUGCACACAUUCAUUCGGAGGGUGGUGCCAAGUGUAGCCAUGGCAACAUCAAGUCCUCCAAUGUCCUACUCACCAAUGACCUGGAUGGGUGCAUCUCCGAUGUUGGGUUGACUCCACUGAUGAACUUCCCUGCAACCUUGUCUCGAACCACCGGAUAUCGAGCUCCAGAGGUGGCCGAAACUCGUAAAAUAACACAGAAGUCUGAUGUAUACAGCUUUGGAGUUGUCCUUCUUGAAAUGCUGACAGGCAAAGUCCCACACCAAUAUCCAGGAGGGAACCAGCAUGAUGUGGUGGUUGAUCUCCCGAGAUGGGUGAAGUCUGUUGUCCGUGAGGAAUGGACAGCUGAGGUUUUUGACGUGGAGCUGCUGAGAUACCAAAAUGUUGAAGAGGAGAUGGUGCAGAUGCUUCAGAUUGCAUUAGCAUGUGUCACAAAACUGCCUGACAUGCGACCCCAAAUGGUUCAAGUUGUGAAAAUGAUGGAGGAAAUCAAGGACAAGAACCGCAUGUCUUCUGAAUCUGAGUCUACUGUGCAAACCCCAUGAACACACAAGUGGUUUGGUACUAUGUUAUGAGGAACUGAUAAGAAUCCACUUUUCUGCUACCGAUGAAUUAGACUUUACUAGAAUCUAUUUUCAUCUAAUAUGGAAGGCAAUUAUGCCAAAUUGCCAAAAGGCCUCUACUACUACUAGUAAGGACAAGGCUUUCCUGCUCUUGUGCAUUUAUGUUAGCACAUAUGAAUUAUGAUGGGACCCUGAUAUAACUUUCUAUUCUAGAUCUUGAAUAUUAUUUGUACUAAUUUAUUAGAACAAGAGUCAAGACUCGAAGAGGUCUCUUUUCCUGAUUUUUCAGAAAUAAAAAUGUUCUAUUUUGUGGGA